AUGGGUCGAGCUUCCUCCCCAGGAUCCGUGUACACCGUCUCCGACUCGGAAUCCGAGCCGUACGCACCAGAAGGCUCCUCCUCGCCGAGAAAAGCAGGAGGGAAACGCGUCGUCAAGGCGAGGUCCACCAUCCAGACCAAGGGCAAGGACAAAGCCAAGGCCGGCGUGAAGCGCAAGGCGGACGAGUCGGACAUUGAGGAUGUGCCAAUCGGGCUCGCAGUGGCCCGGCCGCAUUCCAAGGAGUAUCACGCGGUCGGUGCAGUAGCUGGUCUGCAGGAGGAGCUGUUGAGCUGGUUUGAGGGAGUUCGCGAGAAGCGGGGUAUGCCAUGGCGGAAGCGAUAUGAUCCUAGCCUGACUAUGGAGGAGAAGGGCCAGCGAGCAUACGAGAUCUGGGUCAGCGAGAUCAUGCUCCAGCAGACCCAAGUUGCAACCGUCAUUGCGUACUGGCAGCGCUGGAUCGAAAAGUGGCCGACAAUCGCGGAACUCGCUAAGGCGGAUGUAGAGGAAGUCAAUGCUAUGUGGAGAGGAUUAGGCUACUAUCGCAGAGCUAGAUCGCUUCUUGCAGGAGCGAAGACAGUCAUGGGGGAUAAGAAGUACCAGGGGAGGUUGCCGGAUAGUCCGAGCCAGAUGGAGAAGGAGAUUGACGGUGUUGGGCGGUAUACGGCGGGCGCGAUCUGCUCCAUGGCAUAUGGCGUUCGCACACCUAUCAUCGACGGCAACAUCCAUCGCCUGUUCACUCGCCUACUCGCCAUACAUGCCAGUCAAGUCGCCCCGCAGACCAUCAAGGCAUUAUGGACAGCAGCUGUGGAGCUGAUCGAAACCCUUCCGAACGACCCGGCGCGGCAGGGGAUAGCAGGGGAUUGGAACCAGGCCUUGAUGGAGCUCGGCAGUCAGGUGUGCAAGCCUGUCGGCCCUGAUUGCGCCUCAUGCCCUCUUCAGACUGGGUGCAAGGCAUACGCAGAGCUUAAAUCACCAGCGCCAGUCCCGACUUCAGGCUCAGCCAUCUGCACCCUGUGCGAAUCGAUACCAGAUAUCAAGGCCGAUGGGCGUAUACCGGCAGUCACGGUGUUCCCCAUGCGAAAGGAGAAGAAGGCGUCGAGGGAGGAAGAAGAGGUCGUGUGCGUCACCGAGGUCCGGCGGGGGGAGGAAACACACUGGGUGUUUGUCAAGCGGCCUGAGAAAGGACUACUAGCGGGCCUCUUCGAGCCCCCAACCAUUAGUGUCGAGGCCGACGCAUCCAUCGAGAGACAAAAGACGCUGGCCAUCUCCAACCUUGAUAGCACUUUUGCACAAUCCGCCGCCGACCUCCAGAAAGCCGGCUACUCCCUCUUCCAUUCGGCCAUCUCCAGUAUCCCGCACAUCUUCAGCCACAUCAACAUGACAUACCACGUCCAGCAUCUCGUCCUCUCUCAUCCGGACGCGGUACCUCUACCAACACUGGUCGGUGCAUCGGCGGUCUGGCUGGACGCUGCAGGCGUGGAGAGCGCUAAUAUCGGGACGGGGGUCAAGAAGGUCUGGGCGGAGAUAUAUGGGUCUUGGGGCUCUUUUGACGCUGGGGCGGCUAAGGAGAAGGGCAAGGGUAAGGGGAAGGGGGUCAAGCGGAAGAGCGUGGUGAAAGGGGAUGCCGAGGCCGAGGCCGGCGGGAAGAAGGUCAAGAAGAUCAUGAUGCCGAUGAUGCCCUCAAAGUCUAGCUAG